AUGGCGGGACGAGGAAUGAAUAGAUUUGGUAACAUGAUUCCAAAAGGUGGUAGUAAAGGAGUAAUUACUAGUGCAGGAGCUUUACUAGCGUUAGGUGCAGCCGGUGUUUUGAUCAAUGCGAGCUUAUUUAACGUUGAUGGUGGUCAUCGAGCGAUCAAAUAUACACGACUUUUUGGAGUAGGAAAAGAAAUUUACACUGAAGGUACACAUUUUAUGAUUCCAUGGUUUGAAACACCUAUUAUUUAUGAUGUGAGGGCAAAACCACGAAACAUUGCAUCUUUGACGGGUACAAAAGAUCUUCAAAUGGUGAAUAUUACAUGUCGUGUCCUAUCAAGACCCAGAAUGGAAUCAUUAUCCACAAUUUAUCGUACACUUGGAACGGAUUAUGAUGAACGAGUUCUUCCAUCAAUUGUUAAUGAAGUACUUAAAUCAGUUGUUGCACAAUUUAAUGCAUCUCAAUUGAUUACACAACGAGAACGGGUAUCACGUCUGGUCCGUGAAAACUUGACGCGUCGAGCACUCCGGUUCAACAUCGUUCUAGAUGAUGUAUCAAUCACGCAUGUAGCAUUCUCACCGGAAUUUACACAUGCAGUGGAAGCCAAACAAAUUGCACAACAGGAAGCACAACGGGCAUUUUUUGUAGUCGAACGAGCUAGACAAGAAAAACAAUCGAUUAUUGUUCGAGCCGAAGGAGAAGCCAAAUCAGCGGAAUUGAUUGGUGAAGCUAUUAAGAAUAAACCAGGAUUUCUUGAAUUGCGUAGGAUAGAGACAGCUCGAGAAAUUGCAUCAAUUUUAUCACGAUCACAAAAUAGACUUUUAUUGGAUUCUGAAACGUUAUUGCUUAAUAUUACUGAUGUUCCAAAGUAA